AUGGCUUCUCUGUUUCCAGAAGACUUUUUCCUGACGCGGUGGCCACACAUCUCUCAAGGCCUCGAUCUUGUUGGAAGAUGCUCCGAUGCCGGAGCACUGCGAGCGAGUCUCCAAGCAAUCUCUGACGACUCAAACUUCCAUGCAGCAAGACAUGGGAAGCCUGACUUUGAAGCGGUCUUGGAUGAUAUUCCAGAGUCUGAGCACUUUUUCGCCACACUCCUUCCAAAGAUGGUCCAAUUGGUACAAGAUGCACCAAAGAGGUUCUCCUCCAAGUGCGUGCCUUUGUUGGUACAGGGCAUUGCAGAGCAUGUUUUCUUGACUUAUGAGGAAGUUGCAACCCUGCUAGCGAUGGCUUUCUUCGGUCUACUUCCAAACAAUGCCAGCAUAAGUCCUCUCUAUUUCCCCAAAGACGGAUGUGCUUUUCCUCCGAAUACUGAAAAGCUCCGAUGCUUCCUGAGCUACUUUGAGGAUAUCACGAGUGAUUCCAGUGCCAUUUUCACGACACCCUCUACAGCCUCCGGGGGCAUGCGAGUCACUCGUGCUCUACUUGGAGCAGAUACGACGACUCUUCAGGAACUUGAAACGAACACCUGCCGCUUGUGCCAGGUGAUUCCACAUGACUUGCGAACGCCCAUCAGUCAGUCUUCAGCUCUGCUGCACGUGGAUUUUGCGAAUGCCCGUGUGGGUGGUGGCAUUUUCUUAAACGCCCCAGGUGCCACAGCGCAAGAGGAGAUCACGUUUGCGACUCAUCCAGAGUUGUGUAUCGCCACAGUUCUUUGCGACGUCUUGCGAGACGACGAAGCGCUCUUGAUUCAGGGAGCCAGACACUUUUGUCGACACGCUGGAUUUCUUGAUACCUUCUCUUUCACGGGGAAAGUACAUCCUUCUGAGCCAGACUUCAAGAAUGCUGCAGUGCAAGUGGUGAUUGACGCAAAGAUGUAUGAUGGUGGGGGCAUUGGAAGGCCUUACAGGUAUGACUACAAGCUUCAAGUGGAAGAUGCUGCACGAGAUAUCUACAAAGCGCUCUGCGGCUUUCAGGCAGCUUCUUUGCAGCCUGAACUGGGAAGAAGCUGCGCCACUGGGAAUUGGGGCUGUGGCGCGUUCGGAGGCUCUGCGGCGGUGAAGCUCUUCAUCCAAUGGAUUGCAGCAAGUUUAGCAGGCCUGCAGACGCUGGAGUACUAUCCGUGGGAUGAUCGAGUCAUUUUUCAGUUCUUGGUGGAUGCUGCGGCGCUGGUUGCUGAAGCCACAGUUGGGCAGCUGUGUCGGGCCCUUCGAAGGGCAGCUGAACUUCAGAGCGAGCUAGAGAAUGAGGUCCAGCGCUACGAAGAGGAUGGCGCCGAGUUCCUCCGCGUGGUCCUGCGAGAGCUGCAUUCGGGGACUGGCCGCUGA